GAAGCGGCCAGCGCCGGGACUCGGUGCCGGGCGGCUGUGGCGGCGCCUCCCGUCCCGUCCCCGUCCCCGUCCCCGUCCCCGUCCCCGUCCUGGUCCCGUCCCGGCAAUGUCCGGCGGGGGCAGCCGGCGGCGGGCCGGCCCCUCGUGGCACGGCGCCUUCUCCCGCUUCUUCGCCAGGAGCCCCCCGCGGCAGGAGGCGGCGGCGCCCGGCCGGCCGGCGGGAGCGCACAGUUCUGAACACAAAGGAAGUGAAGCCAUAAAUUUAAAGAACAACCAAAAGGAAAGCACAACUCUUCCUGCACUUUUGAAGGUUUGUCAAAAUGAAGAAAAGAACCAUUCCACAGAAGAACUUAACAAGUCUGAAACCCAAGAGGAGUUGAAAAAGGCUAAUAGCCUUCCUAGUUUGACUCCUGGAAUAAAAACAGCAGAUAAAGACAAGCAACCCCGAGAAGGUUUUUUUCAGUUUCUUGGAAGCUUAUUUAAUCUCACAACAAAAUCUUCUUUGGUAGAAUCUAAACAGUCUACCUUCCAAGAUGAACCCAACAGAUGUGAAAAGGAUUUACAGAACACAAAUACUCCUAUGGAGGACAUGCAUCCACAGCAUCAAAAAACAGAAGAGCCUGUCUAUUCUACAGCUAGAAUGAAAGAGGACUCUGUAAAUAAAGAUGACGUGAUCCCAAAUAACGUUGGGAAAGAUUGCUCAAAGGAUAUAGAAAAAGGUCAAAAACGAUCUGCAGAUGUGCGAAAGAAGACACAACAGAAACCACAAGCACCCGCCGUCACUUAUGCUACGUAUCGAGGUUCUGCAAGGAUAAGGCAACUAAUGAAGAGUCAAUCAGAAACAGCUGAAAACAGAGAAGAGAGUACUGAGAACGGAAAUGCUUUAAUGGUCAAAGAAAAUGGAGAAAUCCAAACAACUGUCUCUCCAAAAUCAGGACACUUAAUGAAAGAAAAUGGAGAAGAUGAGGAUAAAGAUCAUAAAGAUGAUGUCAUUGUAGAUUCUUCUAACAUUAAAAUUGACUUGAAAAAGUCUGGUAAAACUCAGUGUUGCUUGCGUAGCAACAGACAUGAAGUAACUCCAGAUGCCUCAGAUUCACCUACUGAACCGUCUGAUGAAGUAGACUUAAAACAUACACCAGCUUUAGAAGCAACAAAAGUUAAGAGGGCUUAUUCACUAGAUUCAUUAUUGUCAUCUAGUAAAGACAGUGAGAUCCUAACAAAUUCCACUUCUCAAAUUACCAGUUCCCUUAAAAUGGGUUCUGUGGACAAGUUCAUUGGAAAAGAAGAUGAACUGCUGGGAGAAGCAGAAGCUCUGUUUCAGAUGGACAAAAAUGUCACGUCUAAUUGUGAUAAAGAAAUUAAUUGUAGUAAAGAAUCUGAUAAGGAGUCCACAAAAAAAAUACAAGAUGAUUGUUUACAGUCACCCAAAUCAAAUAAGACAGUUAAUGAAGAACUACAAGCAAGCAAGGGAGAAUAUUGCUGUAAUCAUCAAAUGAAUAACCACUCAGAGCUAACAUCAGAUGUCCAGGAGCUUCAUUCCAGUUCCACUACAUUUCAGCAGCCAGCAGAUCAGCAUACAGAUAGUGCAAAUAAAGAUAAUGAUUCAAGAAAAAGCAAUCCACAGAAAAUUAUGGCAGCUGCAGAAAGAGAACAAAAUCCCCAGAGCUUUCUUGCUACUAUUCCUUUACCUUUUCAUGAACAAAUACCCACUUCACUUAGCAUGGAGUCCAGAGGAGAAGCGCGCAUAGUCACAGGUAAUCUGACUGCUUCAGUGUUAACUAUUAAAAGUGAUGAAGAUAUAGUCAUGGACCAGGGGACUAGUAAUGAAGAACUGAAAAAGUUAGGAAAACCAAUGCAGGUACUAAAUGAACGCCAAUUAAUCCUUGCGGAGAAUUCUGAGGAUACUGCCACACAACGGCCUGCUUUACCUUGCCUAGAAAAAAUGAAGGUUUCAUCUGAGAUUGUAGUAGAAAAUUUUGCUGAUGUAUUGCCAUGCAUACAUGGGUGUGAAAAUGGGAAAUCUACCUUUGAUGAGAUGACAGCACCUCUCUCUGUUACUUUAGAGUCUUCUUCUGAAACUGAAGACUGUUCCUCAGCUCCUCUUCAUCCUAGUUGUAAGUCUGAAAAUAAAACUAUUGUGAAACGAGGAGUUGGUUUAAACGAUGUGAGAGACACUGUUUCUCAUUCUGAUCACGAAUGUGAAAAUAGCAAAUCCUUUGAGCCUGUAGAUACGAGCCUCUCAGAAAAUUCAGCUCCUGUGCAUGACCUCGGUACUGUUUCCCUUAAAACUGUGCAAGACAUUCCUGCAAAAGCAUUUUUUAGACUUGCAGAAGACAACACAGGAAAGCCUGCACCUUGCCCUUUAGUCAACACUGACAGGACAGACAAUCCUAUUCCUGCUGCUUCUAAAAUCGAUGAGGCUGGUAUGAAUGAGAUGACUGUUGUUCCUUCUGAAUCUAAGGGUUACAUUUCUGAAUUUUCCUCUCCUAUUUGUAAAUCACAAGAAAAACAUCUGGAGGAUUCUCAUUCUGCCUUGAGAAGUGGAGGAAGACCUCUGACCAACCACUCCCCUGUCAUCGCUGAAAAAGAUGUUGAUGUAGACAUCAUUUCUGCAUCUUCACCUAGUCCUGAAGAUAGGCAUAUUAGUAAUUCUUCCAGGAAUGAAAACAGUGAUAAGCAUAGGAUAUCAUCCACAACUUUUUAUUCUUCAUCUGACAACCAAGGAGAAAUCCAUUCUCCUUCCACUAAUUCUGAAAAUGGCCAGAUUGCUAGAUGCUCUGCUGCUGCUGAACAGGAGGGCUGUGUUCUUCUGGGUGCCAAAUCUAGAAGAAUAAUCCCUGAGGACAGAAUGACCGAGACACCACUUUGCUCAGAAGACCCAAGGGCUUCAUGCCCAGUUGUUUCUCUGGAACCUGAGUUUACCCCAGCUGUGCUCCACCAUUUUGAUGCUGAAGUAGAUACAUGGGAUUUUUGCAUCCCCAAGCCCGCUUCACCUACUCGGGGAUCCAAAGAAGCCUCAAACCUUUCUAUUUCUGCCUCGGAAACAUUGGGCAUUGCUCAGGAGAACAGUAAUUCCUCUCUUCUCAAAGCUGGUGAUGGAGCAGAGGAAGUAUCCUCUGCACAGCAGGCUGACAGCUGCGUCUUGGUAGAGACAGUGCCAUCAGCCAUAUGUCCUUUGAAAACUUUGGAAACGGCAUCUGAUUCAGUGCAUACUGAGAAGGUGUGCAGAAACGCUGUGGAAAAGGUGAAUCUUUGUAACCAGGCUUCUAGUAUCUCAGAAUCCCUUUCUGAAACAGAUGACCAAACAGCUGCUGCACCUAGAGAGUCAAAUGAGCUCUGUUUUGAGAAAGUAUGGAAAGAUACUUACGGGGAGGGAGGACAAUACACUAAAUUCCAAGAUGCUGCUCUUUUGUUUAAGAAAGCUGAGGAAAUAGUGGACUCAGUUUUACACUUGGCUAUAGAGGAAAUAAUAGCAAAACAAGCUGUUGGUGUCUGCCACGUUUGUGGGAGCAAGGAUAGUUUAAUAAAUACAGAUAUUCUGAAUGAUCAGAAAACUGGAACCAUGCAGCUGGAAGAAGAAGAAAUCCAGUCAGCUCUGCAUUCAUUGAAACAUUUCAACAAGAGAGGCUCCUAUUCACUAAUGGGAAAUGAAACAUACGAUACAAAUAAUCAAGAUGAAAAGACACCGUCUUACAUCCCUGAUAAAAUUGACCUACAUAGUGCACUAACAUUAAAAGCAAAAGAAAUAAUUGAUGAAGUUAUUAACUCAGCCAAACAAAAGCUAAUAUCCAGUCAGGGGCAAUGCAGUGAUAGUAAAAGGCAUUCUGAAAAGGUUAAGCCUAAAACUGAGGCUGAAACUCCAAAGAUUUUAAACCUGGAUAGUAAUUUAUCUGCCAGAACACAGGACAUAAUCAAAGAACCAACAGCUACGGGGGAAACUCAGAAUGUAAGUACAAACAGUGAAAAGGCAGAUUGCUCAGAUCUUCCCGUGGUUCCAAAUAGUAUGGAAAAUAGCGCAGAUUGGCCCCAAAGAGGUGAAAAGAUACUGAAUAAUGCAUUCACAUGUCAAACAAAUGGAUUUCUACCUACUGGUAGUUCAGCACAGCCAGAAUCAGCCCCAAUGAUACUAGCAAAAGAGGAACAUGAUGAAAAGGUGUAUGAACAUCUGGCUGCAGCAGAGAUGUGUCGUAACGCUAGGUUAUCAGCUACGAGUAGAAAAUCUGAUGUGUCUUUACAUUUAAUGACUAGAGAUGCUGCUGUGACUGAGAUGCUUCUGCCAUUGCAGUUAAAAGAUUCAUGCAGUAAUACAGAUGUGCCAGAGUAUGCAGUGCAGCCAACUGUAGAUAUUAAUUUGUUAUCUUUUAUGCCUGAUGAAGCAAGUAGCAGCAUGCAGAGUGAAUCCAAAAACAAAAGAAGUCCUCAGGGUUCUCUGGAAAGUAGUGCAGAGGACAAUACAGAUGAACACAGCGGAAGAGAGGCUGCAGGAGUAUUUGCACAAGUAAAAGCAACCUUAGAAGAUUCAAAGGUAGUGGAGAAUAAAGAGGAACAAGCAGAAGGAGCAAGUGAGACAACACUGUUUAAUAUUGGAUUACAGACACAGUUUGUUGCAUCUGAACUGCCUGUUACUGGAGAGCACAGUGAAGGGAAACACUGCUUCAAGACAGUCUUUGCCCAAAACAAUGAGAAUCUGAAAGAGGUACAAGUGAAGGAUCAAGAUAUGCAGAGAAAUGAUCAGCUUGAAGAAAAUGGUCUGGACUGCAGCAAAGACAUGAAGGAAUUGGUGGGUCUUUCAGGCUCUUCUCCACUAAUUGAGCAGUGGGAAAACAGUUCUUUUACUAUCAUUUAUGAAGGUGCCCUUCAAACUGAGAACAAGUCUGUCUCAACUGAAGAUUUGGAAACUAGCUCUCUUUCUUCUGAUCUGCCUUUGGAUAGUACAGAUCAUCUAGCAUGUGAAAGAGCAAAGAAUAAACAUGAGCCAGCCUAUCUUUAUGGAAAGGAGAACAAGUUGAAAGAAGCAACAGAGAGCUGUAGCUCAGAGUCAUUUCUGAGCGUAGAGGCUAAGCGCUAUAGAAUAUACCCUUUCUCUUUGUCUCCCAUAUAUGAAGAUGACAGCCCCCAAGAAGACCUGCUGUCCACAGACAUGUCACCAGAAGGCCAUCCUAGUGGAAUGUCUAAAGACAACACUGACCACGCUUCUGUGCUAUCCCUUCUCCAGUCAGUUUCUGAGCGCUUACAGUUUACCUCUCAGUUCAGUAAAGAGGAGGAGGAGGGAAUGGAGGAUGAGGAUGAGGAACAAUCAUCAUAUGAAGGAAAUGUACUUGAUGUUGAGAGAGAAGAGCAAAGUUUUUCCAGUGAGUGGACAGGGAAUUUAAAAACAACCCUUCAGUCAAAUGACCAAAAUAUAUAUCCAUUUCUUGAACGAUCACCAUUUCUUUCAAAAGAACAACUUGACUCUAAGGAGCAACCAGAACUGGUUGAAGAAGAGGCUUCUCCUAGACAAACAUAUUGUAAGCCAGUUUUACAGAAAGCUGAUGCUGCUCUAAAGCAUGCUCCUACAAGUGUGUAUUACCAGUAUUUGAAAUCUGCCACCAAUUACUACUCUGAGAAGGGAACCAGAUUUGGAAGCAUUCUUCAGGAUAUGUUGCAGCCAAAGAUUCACUGGUCCCAAGAUCACACCAUGCCAAAACUGGGAGAAUUGUCAGCGAACCUAAUUGACAGAGCAGGUCUCAAAUACAAUCCAAGACCAGGAAAGAUUAUUAUUUAUGACAUUCAUGGUGACAAAAGUAAACAAGAAGUUCAUUCUGAUGUGCUGGAUACCACAUCCUGGAUCUUUCCCAUUGGAGCAUUACUUAGGAUAAUUAGAGGAUGUUGGAUUUUCUAUGAGAAACCAAAGUUCCAGGGUCGGAAACAUGUACUAGAAGAAGGAGAGACUAUACUGGAUCACCUUUGGGAUCUUCCAGGUGUAAAACACCGUCGAAGAAACCUCACAGUGGGUUCAAUCAAACAUGUAACAAAGGACUGCAGUGUUCCAGAGAUCGAGUUCUGCCUGGGAUCUGGCACAGGGGGACUUCCUAUCUGCAUACAAAGCGCAGUUGCCAAUUUAGAAGAACUGGAUGUUGAAAAAAACCCAUAUAUAAGUGUCAAAUCAGGAGUAUGGCUUGGUUAUUCAGACUAUAAUUACAAAGGAGAGAUGAAGAUUUUGGAAGAAUGCAAUGAACCAUCUGAAAUUCCUUCAGCAGAUGUGAAAUCUCUGCGUCCCUUAAAAAUGGGUGGACUAAAGGUACAAAUGCCUAUGAAUGUCAAGAUGAUAAUAUAUGAGAAAACACACUUUGGAGGAUGGUCUAAAGAGCUUUCAGAAAAUAUCACUUCUGUCCUGGCUCUGUUUGAUAACAAAGAGGAUUUCAAGGAAAUUGGAUCAAUGCGCAUCAUUGGUGGAGUAUGGGUUGCUUAUGAUAAGGAACGCUACAAAGGCCGUCAGUAUUUGCUGGAGGAAGGAGAUUAUGAAGACAGGCACUCAUGGGGGGGAACUGACAGCGUCCUCCUGUCUUUCCGGUUUCUUCAGGCUGAUUUCAUAGAGUCAUCAGUGGCACUUUUUCAGUCUGAGGAUGAAGACGGGAAAACACUGGACAUCAUCAAUGAAGAAAUUCCUGAUCUGGAGCAGGCUGGAUUUGGCCCAGAAACAAGGUCGAUUCUUGUGAGAAGUGGAGUAUGGGUUGCGUACCAGCAGAAACAUUUCUGUGGAGAGCAAUAUGUAUUGGAGAAGGGAAAAUACAAGUGUUUCUUUGACUGGGGAGGAUCCAGUAAAAUCAUUAUGUCAAUUCGACCUAUUAAAUUGGAACCUCUUGGAACGAAUGAACCUCCACAUUGGCUCAAAGCUUUCAGUAAUACACAUUUCCAAGGAGCAUGCAUAGAUUUCACAGCAGAAGUUUCUGAUUUCACAUCAUUCAUACCAUGUUCUUUUAAGGUUCUCCGGGGAUGUUGGCUCCUGUAUUACCAAGGGGAAAUUGCUGACAAUCACUGUGUGCUGGAAGAAGGCCUCUACGUUGACCUCACUUCCUGUGGCUGCCCAACUGCUACAAUCAAAUCCCUCAAGCCUAUUGAAUACGUGUUUGCUGAGCCCUCCAUCAGUCUGUUUGCUCUGGAAUGCUGCAAGGGCAGAGAGCUGCACUUCACCAAACCCAUCAAUUCCGUUUUGAAUGAGGAUCUUCAUUUUUACACUCAGUCUGUAUGGGUGAGAAGUGGAUUGUGGAUUGCAUAUGAAGGAUGCAAUUUUUUAGGAAAGCAGAUUCUGCUGGAGCCCAGUGAGAUUUCCAACUGGAGUGAAUACAGUGGCUGGACAGUCAUCGGCUCCCUUCGUCCUAUGAAGCAGCCAGCAGUGUACCUCAGAAUCAAGAACAGAGCCCACGGUAAAUACCUGACAGUUUCUGGAAGCCUAGCAGAUAUAAGAGCAACAUCAGUGUGCGUGUCUCCAUACAAUGGCAAGAAUACCCAGCUCUGGCACUACUGUCGUGGACUCUUCAAAUCCAAGGCUAACAAUGCCUGUCUGGAUGUCAUUGGUGGCAGAGACGUGCCUGGAGCCAAAGUCGCACUCUGGGCAGAACAUGGGAAGGAAAGGCAAAAGUGGAGACUCAACGAGGAUGGAACCAUUAGUUCAUACCUCAGCGACCAACUGGUACUUGAUAUUAAAGGAGGAAAUUAUUAUGACAAGAAUCACAUCAUUAUGAAUCAGCCAGUAGAGGACAAACAUUCACAAAAAUGGGACAUUGAAAUAUUGUGAGUAAAACCCACCACACAUAUGGACCUUAUGUUGUUUCUUAACAUCUGGAGGAAAAAACCUACUACUGAAGUCAUGCACCACUGGAACCUUAUGCAGCAAAUCCUCUCUGCUUUCCUUUGUGCAAAGCAUCCAGCUCCUUAAACCAACUGGAUUUUGCUCAAAUCUGGAGGAUGUGAGGGUGAGCUAAAUAAUGUCUUUCCACCGGGACUGUACUCUGAGCUGAUUCUUUUAGAGGCCUCUCCUAUGAAAGUCGCUGUUACUCUUCAUCUAAAGAAUUAAAGUAAAUGCAGAAGGCUAGACAGAAGUUUUGCAGGAUAUGAACUGCAAGAGAUAAUAUGGAAAAGGCUCUUUAGAAACGUUGUCUUUUCCUGUCUCUCAAAAACUGAUGAAAGCUCACUGAAGUAUGACUGCACUAUCGAGCUUGAUAGAGGUUGAGUUGGAUUUUUAUGUCCCAAGGGAAACAGUUCAGGCUCUAAGCAAUCCUGAACCUCAAAUCAUAUCUCUUGCUAAAGUGCAAUUUAUUUUGUUCAUAAAGACAACUUUGAACUGGAAUUCCCAGCUCAGUAUAUGAAAUGGGGCAAUAAUGAGUCUGACUGUUACCUUCCUAAUGUUACUGGUAGGCCUUUGUCUUCAUUUGUUUUAGCAAGACCAACUUUCCAUAUUUAAGAACUUGUUUUGCAGAUCCAUGGGCUGUGUCCAACCCUGUGAAAUUGCAGUAAUCCCUGAAGAUCACUUUUAAACGUAGGCAUAGAUGCAUAUAUCAAGAGAAUCAGCUAUCUUGGGUCAGGACUAGAUUUCUACAAGGGCUUACUGAAUUUAGAACAGUGAUGAUUUUACUCUAGCUUGUUUUCAUGCAUAUAGACUAAUUUAAUACAAUGUAAUUAGUUCCUGAAGCCAUGUCUUCCUUCAGAAGGUAACUCACUAAGUGCUAGCAGCCUGCAUUCCAACUUGCUUGAUGUCAAAAGAACAGUGUAACAACUAUUUUAAGGUUCCUCUGGCUCAUCAAAGGAGCAGGAAUUAGACUAAUGAAGACCAGUCCAGCAUGCUUGCAGAUUCUUCAGUUUCAGCAAUAUGCAGCCAUCCCACCUGCUGUCACUUAAGGUAGGGAGAAAAAAAUACUGUACUGCAGUUGUUGCAGGCUUGUAAUAAGCAUGUUCCUCACUCAACAUGGACAAAUACAUAAGGAACUGCAGACACUUGUAGGGCUGUUAACACCUCAAGUGGAAUAGAAGUCCCUUAGUUCACUGGUAUCUUCAUUUUGCAUGUCACUAAAUUAAUCUACUUCAUUGAAUAUGUAAUUUUUUUUCCUUAUUUGUAUAUUCAGGGUAUGUAUUUCUAUAACUAUUUAAAGAGUUUAGAUUAGUGAAAAACAAAGCUAUUUUAGUUUCCAAAAGCUGUAACUAUUCCAGUGCACCCAAACAGGAUUCAUCCUUAAGCAAGUAAAAACCCAUGACCCUAUUUGCCACAGAAGUAAAAUAUAUGGAUGUCUAUUUUUGUAUGAAAUGGAAUUCUAUACAGUACUAUUUAAAAAAAAAGUCUACUUGCACUUAACUUACUAUUUUACAUUCUAAAAUUAUCAUAAAUCUGCUGUUUAAAUAACAGAUUUCCAAAUGUAUGUAUAUAUUUUUACAACUAAAGCACUUGUUUUGCUUUUUUUAAUAUAAGUCAGUAUAUCAUGUUCUACACGUGAUUUGCUUUCUAUAUGCAAUUUUAAAGCCUGUGUAAAAAGUUCUAGUCUUUUAAAUCAAGAACAACUAAAUCAUAUUUGGUGUGCCAGUGUUACAUAACCAAGUGAAGAAGGCUUUUGUACUUAAGAGAUCUUGAAUGUAAAAUGCUAAGCAUGUAUAUUUGAAUUGUAUAAAACUUUUUAGGAGGAA